GGGGGGGCAAAGGUCCCCCUUCAGUCUGUGGCGAGGUCCGAAGGUUGGAGUUCCAGGGGGUGACAGUUAAGGCUUUCAGUGCUCCCCGCUUUGACGGUCUCGGCGCUCGGAGGUCCCAGCAAAGCCCCCGCUGCCGCGACAGCCCCCGAGGCUCCCAGGCAUCCCCCGUCCUGCAUCUCCAGACCUGCUCUGAGCCCACCAUGAAAGCCAUCAGCCCGGUGCGCUCCGUACGGAGCUGCUACGAGGCCGUUUGUUGCCUCUCGGAGCAGAGUUUGGCCAUUGCCCGGGGCAGCCACAACAAGAGUCCAGCCUUGGAAGAGCCCAUGAACUUGCUCUACGAUAUGAACGACUGCUAUUCCAAAUUGCGGGAGCUGGUGCCGGGCAUACCUCAAGGCACGAAGGUGAGCCAGGUGGAAAUCCUGCAGCACGUCAUAGACUACAUCUUCGACCUCCAGAUCGUGCUKGAGGAGGGAUCCAAGGGCCGCGACCCCUCCUCCGAGGCCACCCUACUUUCCCUUAAGGCGGCUGAACUUGCCUCAGAACUCCGCACCAAAGACGAGAGAAGUUUGUGUCAGUAAUGCUGUCUCCAUCGGCAAACAGGCAGUGAGUGUCGGUUCCUGGUUCGUUAUCAGCCGGAGGUAAAUAGCAGUUUCCUCCGUGGCGCCGGGCUGUCUGCGACCUACCGGCCCCGGCAUCGCCUGCCCCGGGCCCGGGCACUGCGAGCGGGGAGCGGCUGGUCCCGACGCCCCCCGCCGCCUUCCACCACCAGCAUUCCACCCGCCGAGCUCAGUAUCCCAGCUUUGGACCCGAACUCACAUGAGAUAUUUUUAAUGAUAGACUGAUGAUGAAGAGGAGGUUGUCUGUAUAUUUUUGGAUU